AUUUUCUGGCAACCCUGUAUGUACGUUAUUUUGGAUGGAAAGCGUCUAAACGUAUUCUAAUCUACUACUUGUAAUCUAUAUUCUGCAUCGGCACUAUCCACUUUAAUAAAUACGAAAGAAAUCAUGGGAGUAGAUGUCGAAGUAAUAUCUCCCGGCGACGGUCAAACAUAUCCAAAGACUGGACAAACAGUGGUCGUCCAUUAUACAGGUACUCUCACCAAUGGCCAAAAAUUUGACUCUAGCCGGGAUCAUGGAGUACCAUUUAAAUUCAAAAUAGGUAAAGGAGAAGUCAUUAAAGGUUGGGAUCUAGGAGUUGCCCAAAUGUCUGUCGGAGAACGUGCAAGACUUACUUGUUCUCCGGACUUUGCAUAUGGAAGCAAAGGACAUCCUGGAAUUAUUCCGCCAAAUGCUACCCUUAUCUUCGAUGUGGAAUUAAUUAAAGUGCAGCCUUAAAGUACAAUAAAGCCUAUCUUUGACCUAACAAGUCACUGAAAUAUCAAUAUUAAAUAAACAAACUAUACAAAACA